CAUUCGAAUUAAUUAAAGAAGAAGCAGCAACGAUAUGUCAGAUAUUUAGAAAAGUGACAAUUAUAACGUGAAACAAAAUCAUUUAUAAAAAAGUAAUAUUGAAUGUGUCAUUAUGUCGCUUGACAUUAACGAAAGUUCAAAUCACACACGAUUAUCCUUUUGAUUGCAAAAUGACGAACAAUUUGUUGGUUUUUAUCCCUCAAGGACUGCACACCAAGCAGUCCGGCUUUGUUUUUGGCAAAGUGAUCCAUGACACACAUAAUAAUAUGAAAAGAAUGUACAUUAUUGGAUUACGUAAAGUAGGUUCUUUAGAAUCAACUAAAUGCACAUUAGACACCAUCGGGUGUUACACUAACUCGAGCAAUGUGACCAAGGAAUUCUUAGAUCGAAAGCAUUCAGACUGGAUACACAUUACAGGGAGAUCUUCCGGGAAUAAAGCGAGAACCGAAUAUCAUCUGACGAAUAUCAUUCUUAACAAUGUUAGUGUUGACCUAUCGACAACACGUACAAUAAUUGUAUUGUAUGACCAGCAAGCUUUGCAAGAAACUGAAUUGUUCAAGAGCAAAGCUGUAUCAGGUGAUCAUUUCUAUGAGUUGGCGAAGCUUAUCCAGAGCAAGAAAGAUGAACUGAAAGUCAAAACGAGGUUUACUCGUGUUAAGGAAACUCUGUUGACUUAUCAUAUGCUCUUCUAUUUGUAUCCAGUUUUAUUACUAUCCAAAGUGACAGAGAAGUUAUUGCUGGUCUUGAAGUAUUCUUCUCUUGGCUUACAUGUUCACGACUGGUUAGAGAAUAUCAAAUGGAUGCUUGUCACUGUCAUACGUAACAAGGGUUUCACAUUAAAGACAGGAAACUAUGCAUGGGCGAUGAUAAUAGAUGUUGCAUUAGGAAUAUUUGUUCUAAGGCUAUUGCAGUAUCGUAUUGAGGAUACAUUGUCUUCACAAUUGCUUCUGAACAAUGCAGAGAAAGUUGUAGAGACACUGAAGGAUCUGAUCAAUUGGUUAAUGGGUGUGCCAGCUGGUUUGAAGCUUAAUCAUGCUCUGAAUAAUACAAUGGGCAAGUUCUUCAUGUAUCACAUACAACUCUGGUGGACAUUUUUGAUAUUUUCAAAGCCGCUUAUGGAUCUUGCAUUCAAAAUAUUACUUUUGUUCGGAAAGUUGGGCGUCACGUUUCAAUUAUCCAUCGCUGCAGAUCUCUUAUCUCUUGUCAGCUUUCACACAUACUGCAUCUAUGUUUAUGCAGCAAGACUUUAUAACAUACAAUUGAGAGGUAUCACAGCUCUCUUCAGACUUUUCCUUGGAAAGAAAAAGAAUCCUCUACGUGAAAGGGUGGACUCUUGUCAAUAUCAAACGGACCAAUUGUUUGUCGGAACGUUAUCGUUCACCAUUCUUGUGUUUUUAAUGCCAACAACCUGGGUGUAUUACACAGUAUUUACACUGCUCAGGCUAAUAUCCAUUGGAUUCGGUGGCUUGUUAACACGAUUGAAGUUUUAUUUACAAGUUAUGCCAGUUUAUACCCUCUGGCAGUGGCUAUUGCGCUCUUACAGCAUUUGUAACACCGUUGAUGUUAGAUUGCAUCCUAUCUGCCCGGAAAAACCAACUACAUUAUCAAUGACUUUGGUCAUCGCGCCUUGGUCCCAUACAUGGAAGAAGUGUGUUCCAGACACGAUUACUUGUCAUCCAUCCAUUGAGUGGCGCACAAUAUUGAAUAACAUCAUGUGGGGCCAAUUAUUGUACCCAUUAUGAACAUUUAGUAAUAAAUGU